GACGUGCAUUCAUCUCCAGCGCUCCACUCCGGCCCGUACUAGGUAAUCAGCAACUCUCCUCUCUCGGCCACCAGACUGCCAGCUUCACGUAUUGAUAGACACGCCCUCCAUUCUUCCCGCCCGCCGUAAUGCUCCCAUAGACGCGACCGUCGCAGUCACCACCCGCGAAUCCGGCCUCUGGAACAGCACCCAUCGCAAGCGGCCCAACCGGGCAACCCGUCGCCCAACCACAACACCUCCCAGGACCCAUGGCGAGCUCCUUCGAAAAGAGCGUGAAGGGUGGCACCAAGGUCAAGCUUGCUGCCCCGAAAUCAAAAUAUGUCGAACACAUCUUGGUCGCGACACACGCCGGCGAAGCGGGUGUUGGCGAGAUCUUUCGAGCUCUGACGAACCGCCUGCGCGACUCCACAUGGACCGUUGUGUUCAAGAGCUUGAUCAUCGUACAUCUUAUGAUAAGAGAAGGCGAGCCUGAAGUCACGCUCAAAUAUCUGGCACAGAACCCGCACAGGAAAUUGGCCAUCAAUUCGUUUACUGAGGUUCAGACACAAGGCCAUAACAUACGGACAUACUCGGAAUAUCUGUUACGGCGCGCAAUCGAAUAUGGCUCAACAAGAGUGGACUACGUGCGCGGCGGCGAGGGUCGGCUCAAGCGACUGAGCGUUGACAAGGGGUUGCUCCGGGAGGCAGAGAGCGUACAAGAGCAGAUAAGAUACUUGCUCAAAUGCCAGCCAUUUGAUGACGAGCCGGAGAACGAAAUAACAAUGACUUCUUUCCGAUUGCUCACUAUGGAUUUGUUGGUGCUCUUCCACGUCAUGAACGAGGGCACCAUCAACAUUUUAGAGCAUUACUUCGAACUAUCGAAACCGGAUGCAACGCGUUCCCUUGCCAUAUAUCGCAUCUUUGUGAAACAAACCGAAGCAGUCGUGCAGUAUCUCAGCUUGGCGAGGUCACAUGAGCACUCGACGAGACUUGAAAUUCCCAAGAUCAAACAUGCACCAACGAGUCUGGCAGCCUCCCUGGAAGAGUACCUGAAUGACAAAGACUUUGAAACCAAUCGACGACAAUACAUAGCCGAGAAGGAGGCCAAGAAGAACGGCGGGAAGAUUACGAAUGGAAAUUCAAAGAAUCAGGAUCCGAAGCCCGCGACAUCAACAAAUGCGUUUACAAGUCAACCUUCGGCAGCAGCUCCAAAGCCCAUCGUGAACCAGAAUGCGCCAUUGAUCGACUUGUUCGCGUCGAUUGAAGAUAAUCAGCAAACCAUGUCUACCCAGGCACCGAUACAACAGUAUCCGCAACAGACAGGAUUUCCACAACCAGACUUUCAGCAGCAUGGCUUUCAAGUGCCGCAACAAACAGCGAACAUAGGUUUUGCACAGCAGCAACAACCUCUUAUGUCACAAAACACACAAGCCACGAAUCCGUUCCAAAUGCAACAGCAGAUGCAACCCCAAAUGCAACCCCAAAUGCAACCCCAGGUACAACCGCAGGCGCAGAUGCCACAACUGCAGCCUCAAUUCACAGGCGCUGGAUUUGGUGGCUACACUCCGCAAACAUUCAGUCCGCAGAACACUCUGGGGUCCAUACCUCAAAACGGCGUUCCGGAUUUUUCACAGCAGCAGCAAAUGCAGCUUCCCACUAUCGCAGAGCCACUACAAUCGCAGCAAACUUCUACUAAUCCGUUCCGUCAAUCAGUGCUGCCAAACAUGACUGGUGCAGUCGAACCAGGGCUCCUCAAUAACCCCACAGGCGCAAGUUCGCUGAACCGCUCAGCCACGAAUCCUUUCGCGAAGCACAGCACGGGCUUCCAGCAACAAGGUCAGCCGCCAGUUAGCUCAUCACCAUACGCCAUGCCCACUAUUCAGUCGUCGCCCUUUGCGCCAAUACCUGAACAACAACCAUCGCAGCCGCUACAACCCAUGCCUACUGGCACAAACCCAUUUGCAAGACAACCAUCCCCCCAGAAUUCACCAUUCGCACAAGGCGGUCUCACAGUAAACGCCACGGGGAGUACGAACCCAUUCCGCCAAAGCGCAUUUGUGAAUCAGCAAACUGGCCAGGGUUGGCAAAGUACAGGUCAGGGGACGAUGGGUGGCAUGAGCCUUGAUCAGGUGCCCACAACGAGCGUGUUCCCACGACCAGGACAGCAGCAACAGACUCAGAACUUCCUGGGCUAGCGGCUGGGGACACGGAGUGAAGACGGUGUUGUUGUUUGGGGGAAUGCACCUUGGUCGUGAGUUGGCAGCACACUUCGUCGCUCGCGGACCCGUGUUUUUUUACGAAAUCUUUUCGCGUUAUAUCGCUUUGUUUCGACGUCUUUUUCCACACGUUGCUGAUCGGCGCGCUUGCAUGGAUAAUACAGAUAGUCGCUGGUUUGGGGCAUGGAAGGUAGGUGGUAGGAUUGGGGAACGGUAUCAAGAGCAGGCAUUGUGAGCGGACAGGCUUAGGUCUCCUUGUGUGCAAGUAUUGGUAACAAGAAAUCCCUUUGAGAUUGUCUGCGUGUGGUCUGGAUGAGUUUGGAUUGGAUGGCAGCCAGUCUAUAUUAGUUUUAGCUGGCGCGUAAUGAAGUAUUGCUACGUUGACAUGGCAUGGGUUCACUUCAGAAAUCGUGCUUGUAGAAUUAUAUUGCGAC